GAAUGAACAAACUCACAGGCUUCGGGUCAUAGCUGUGUGCACAUCUUUGGAAUACAGUGUCAGAGACUUGGGGAGCAGUCACUGUGUGUUUAUUGACUUAGGUGCUGGCCACUACAUGCAGAAAAAUGCUAGGCCUAGUUAAUCCAUGCUUCUCAACUGACUGAUGCUUGCCAGAACUUAGUGACCUGAUAGAAACUAGUGCUGUCCAUGACGAUUUACAGCUGCUUUCACGUUCCAUAGAAGUUUCUUCAGCAUGUGGGAGGAAAAGGAUAAGUCACCACAAUGGGAUACCGUAUAGAUAGAUUCAAUACUUUAGAGCAGGUCAUCAUUCACAAAAGAAAUCGCCUCCCCAACAUCGCCAGGGAGCUAGAAAAAUCACCAGGGUCCCUCAUUUGUAAGUAAAACCAAGACCCUCAGGGACAGGAAGUGACUCCCCCAAGGCUACCCAGCUGCCGGGGUUUGUCCUGGGAUCAGGGAUUAAUCCUUAAAAUAAUCGUUUGCAUUUAUGGGUUUUCAGAUUUUAAAAGUAACUCCUAUUUAUUUUUUUAAACUGAAGAAAAUGGAGAAUAGCACUGGGACAGCCGGAUUUAGGCAAAUGGGUGACAAUCAUGGCAGCAGGAUUGUCUGCUGUUUCAGGAUCUUGCUGAAAGGACUUCUUGGGUAUCUCUUAUCUCCUGGACAGCUAACCGUUGCCAACUGGUUGCCUGAGUCAGACUGUCCCAUGCCCCGUCCACCAUCUUCCUAUCUCUAACCCGUCUCCUCAGGCAUCCGAGGAGGCAUCUCGGUUCCCUACUGUUGCCUUGAUUGGCUUGUCUAAUUCCCAAUUACAGCUCCAAGUGGAAAACAGCAUUCAUUCUACAAAUAUCAACUGAGAGUCCCCUCUAUUUGGAGUUGCCAGGUUUAGCAAAUAAAAAUACAAGGUAUUUUAUCUGGCAAUUCUAUCUGCCUGGGGAUUCAGCAGAGGACAAAACAGAUAUAUUUCUGCCCUUGUGGACUUUACACUCUAGAGUGGAGAAACAGAUAACAAGCAAAGAAAAGUAAAAGUCGGUUAUAACACGACAAGUGCAAUGGCCAAAAAUAAAGCAGCGGGUAAGAGUGCGUAAGGAACCCGCGCAGGCUACCGAGGGAGAAGUGCGACCCUAUCCUGGGGCGAGAAAGAAGCCCGCGGAGGGGCAGCGUCUCCAGCUCCAAACACAGCCCUCUCGGGUUAUGCACCCGGACAAGGACGGGACGGGUCAGCACCACAGCGUGGAGACCUGUGCCCUAGACGACUCUUCGAUGAGGAGCUGCCAAGUGAGAGCCCCUGAAUUGCCACCAUUUUUACACGGGUGUGACUUCGCUGAAGCCAGGGCUGAACAGGAGGCGGCAGGAGUAAUGUUCAGCAAUUCUGGCUCAGGUGCUCCCUUCCUGAAGGACUUUCCAUGGGCAGCCGCUCAAACUUCACUCUUGCUUUUUUGGGGGCUACUCCUGGUUGGUGCUCUUGGCUUCAUCUGGAAACUUCACCAGGAGAAAGAGCGAGAAUGCCGGAUCAAAGAGAAACUCCAGAGAGAGCUCAGCUGGAGAAAAGCCCAGAAACUGGAUGAUUGGAGAAAAGCCCAGUCCUAUGCUGCUAAUGUGACUCUGGAUCCGGAUACUGCCUACUUUGAACUCGUUCUGUCUGAAGAUCACCGAAGUGUGAGGCGAAAGAACAUGCAGCAGGAUCUUCCCGAAAAACCUGGGAGGUUUAUCCUUGACCCGUGCGUGCUGGGCCACCAGGCCUUCUCUUCAGGGAGACAUUACUGGGAAAUAGAAGUGGGGGACAGGACUUACUGGGAGCUUGGGGUUUGUGAAGAAAAUGUGGAAAGGACUUGGGGAAUCACAGAGUCACCCCAAAAGGGAUUCUGGGCUGUGGAACUGUAUGCUAAUAAGUAUCAGGCCCUCAUGUCCCCUCGCACCCUCCUUCCCCUGAGCAAACCCCCUAGCAGGGUGGGUAUCUUCUUGGACUAUGAGGGUGGGGAAGUCUCCUUCUACAGUGUGACUGACAAGUCCCACAUCUACACUUUCCCACGGGCCUCCUUCUCAGGGCCCCUCAGGCCUUUCUUCUGCCUCUGGUUCUAUCACCCAACCCCUCUGACCAUCUGCCACUGAGGCCGUCUGUGGCUGGGCUUCCUCUCAGUUCAGCCUCCAGGGGAGAACUUGGCACUGAGGAUGGGGAGCUGCCUCUGGGGACCCCUCCCCUAGACACCCCUAACCUAGCUCACUGUGGAGGCCGAGCCCCUCUCACCAUCUGCUCUCAGAGCAGCAGACGUUUCUUUCCCAGCCUUCCCCAGGUCUCCACACAGACUGGGGAGAGUUCAUGGUGCUCCAGGGCUAAGCAGUGCACAGCCUAGAAAGGACAGAUGCGAACUUCAGUGUUCCUCAGAAGAGUAUGUUGCUGUCCCAGCUAGAAACUGGGAGAAGGGAAAAAAAAAGGACUCUGAAGAGAAAGCAGAGACAGGAAAUACAAAUGGAAAAACUAGAGGGACAGGGAGUGGCCUCUGAUGUUUAUCUCCUUUUUUUUAAAUUCAAUUUUAUUGAGAUAUAUUCACAUACCAUACAGGUCAUACACAGUGUACAAUCAAUUGUUCAAAAUACAAUUAUAUAGUUGUGCAUUUAUCACCACAAUCAAUU